UUCCUGUUUCCGGUUCAAGGGUGAAAGGUGAAAGUGCAUAGCAGAGGAGGACGGAAACCAGUGCAUGGAAUCAAAGAAGAGUGUGUUAUUCUUGUCCCCACUUAAGCCAUACAGUGGAAACCAAACUACCAUUGACAGAAUUAGGCAGUACCUUGAGCCAUUGUACAACUGCUACACAGAAGACCCUGUUAAUCUCCAUCCACAGAAAACAUUUUCUGAGUUCUUAAAAGUAAAACAAAUAUCUGCAAUACUGGCAGUGCAUGCAUAUCACUCGGGAAUAAUCUUGUUGGACUGCACAGUGCCAUACAUUUUAGUGUUUGGAGGUACAGAUAUCAAUGAAUUUUCCAAAGAUGAAUCAAAAUUUCAAAUUAUGACCCGGGCUGUGCAACAUGCAAAGUUUGCUGUUGCUUUUAAUGACUCCGUGGUAAAUAAAGCCAAAUCAUUAUGGCCUGAUGUUUGCCCCAAAAAGCUUAUUGUGAUACCUCAGGGUGUUUCCACAACCCCUUCCAGUAGUUUCAAUGUUACCCAAUUUCUACAGGAGAACUAUAACAUAAGCUGUGGAGACAGCCCUCUAAGGCUAUUCACUUUGAUUGCUGGGAUAAGACCAGUGAAGGAUGUCACAUUUCUUCUCAAGGCUUUUUCUGCUUGGCAUUUAGAUGAUCACAGUGACUGCUUUUUCCUGAUCAUAGGACCAAAUACGGACAAAUCUUAUCAUAUGCAAGUGGAGUCCAUGAUUGAUAGCUGUCCAGGUGUGCUUCAAAUCGCUGCACUCGAAAAAUCAGAAUGUCACGCAAUAAUCAGGGAUAGUUUUGCCCUGGUGAAUUCAUCAGUCAGUGAGGGUAUGUCAGCAGCUUUAUUGGAGGCAAUGGUCAUGGGUGUCCCAGUUGUUGCCAGAAAUAUACCUGGUAAUGCUGCUGUCAUUCAGCACAGGAAAACAGGGUUUCUGUUCAACACACCUCAGGAAUUUAUAGAGAUUGCACAGGAGUUACUGCAGGACAGGACACUGUGCACAGCCAUUGCAACCAGUGCUAAAACUGAGGCAGAAAGGAAAUAUUCUUGUAAGAAGGAAAUGGAAGCUUAUAGAAAACUACUUAAUUCAGUGUAAAGCAAAGCAUCUUUAAUUUUGAUGAUAUAUGAUUCAAAUAUUUUCUGAAUUUUAAUAAGGUAAAUAAGGUAAUUAAUGUACUGACACUAUAUAUUUUGAUCACUAUCUGCCAAUGCCAUCCUACAUAUCUGUUGUUCACCCUAUACCUGCUUUACCAUAUUUUUUGUUCUUUUUUAAAUUACAUGAUUGGCUUUGUUUGGUAAAAUUGCCAGUCCUUUUUAAAAUCAGCAUUAUCAUAUUGUUUUUGUGGAAGUCAUUGAUUUUUUAUAUACAUUUUGGUGACAUUUGCCCCAAUAAGUGCCAGACUAUAUUUCUGUUUAAUCUCAAAUUUGCUGAGUGGCUCUGUAUGAUUAUGAGGCAGAUUUACUUUGAAAGUCACUUCUAUCAGGUUAUUUUUGCCAAAGUUAUUGAUUCUUUUCUGUUUGUUUAUUUUUGCAAUAUUUCUCCCAUAGCCAUACCUUUGUUUUACUUCAAACUUACUGAGUGGCUUUGUCUGAUAAAAAAGCAGGUUCCUUUCAAAAAUCAAUAUGAUUGGACAGAUUGGUUAAUAUUUACUUAAGGACCUUUGAGUUUAGUGUGCAUUCCCUCUCACCAUUUUUAGUGUUCUUAGUAGGCCAGUUGUCUCUUUCUGUCAGUAUAUAUAUAUAUAUAUAUAUAUAUAUUAUCAUAUAAGCAAAUGUUUUCAUUCAAGUUUGCUCAUAUUCUACUCAUAUAAAAUAUUGUUAAAGGAACUGCUGUGUUCAAAAUAUUAAAAAUGUGCUGACACAAUAAUGUGCAUUCAUGGUUGGUCAGAAAACCAAAAGAGAUUGGAAAAAGUGAAAAAACAUUCACUUCUUUUAGGCAAACUAUAUUUGCUGUUGAGGUUUAAAAAUUUUGAUUUCUUUUUAAUUUAUAAUUUUAAAAAAUGUUUAUUAUAUAUAUCUUGCCUACAUAGAUGUUUUUGAAUUUUUGCUUUGAGUUUAUUUGUUUAAUGUCUUUAACUGUGCCAUUGUAACUAUCUACUUUAGAUUUAUUUUAUAUGUUUUGUAAUAAGAUUACCUGCUUUUAAAUUCAAAGUUUAUGAUCAUUUCACCUAAUUUUCCUGUAGUCUGUGAUUUUCAUUACAUUAAGCUACAAUUCCCUUGACUUACAAACCCCAACUUACUUCAUGUUAAAGUCCCUUUUCUUUAAUUUUCUUGAUGCAUGGUUUUGAUUUCGUUAUCUGCUAUAAUUAUUUCAUUAUUUUAAAUGCAGGUAGUAGUUUUGGGCAGCAUUUUAAAAUGGCCAAGUGGAAAGUUUUUAAACAAAUUAAAAGAAAAAAUUGAGUAUGUUAAGGCCCGAUUCCCAAUUAAUGAAUGUGAUACUUUUCUUAUAAACCGCAGUUGUCACAGACCAACUUUCUUAAAAUUAUUUUAUAGGAAAAAGUGCUGUACUAUUUAUCAAUGACAGAUGUGCAUGCAUAUUAUA